GGCGAGGGGGCGGGGCCGUGCGCCGAAGUUCACGUGGGCCCCGGUGGGGCAGGGUGUAGCGCGGGGUCGCCAUGGCGGAGCUGCAGCAUCUCCGGGUGCAGGAGGCGGUGGACUCCAUGGUGACGAGUCUGGAGAAAGAGAACAUCCGGAAGAUGCAGGGCCUCAUGUUCAGGUGCAGCGCCAGCUGUUGUGAGGACAACCAGGCCUCCAUGCAGCAGGUACACCGGUGCAUUGACCGCUGCCAUGAGCCUCUGGCCCAAGCCCAGGCCCUGGUGACCAGCGAGUUGGAGAAGUUCCAGGACCGCCUGGCCCGGUGCACCAUGCAUUGCAACGACAAGGCCAAAGAUUCGAUAGAUAUGGGGAGUAAAGAGCUUCAGGUGAAGCAGGAGCUGGAGAGUUGUGUGACCAAGUGUGUGGAUGACCACAUACAUCUCAUCCCAACCAUGACCAAGAAGAUGAAGGAGUCUCUCUUGUCCAUUGGAAAAUAGAAGUCUUUGCCCUUGGCCAUGAGGGCUGAGGGCAAGAAUCUAUUUAAAAAAAGGAGUGGGAAUUUUGGUCUUUUAAGCAAAGUUUAUGAGUGAAGAAAUUAAGAAUGGCAGCAAGUUUAAGACAUAUGUUACUUGCCUCUGGACACUGGUUCCUUUACGUUUCAGCCCUAGAAAGUGAAGUGGAAAAAAAACUGGUGCUAAAAUUUGGGUCAGAGAGAUCACAGGAGAGUUUUUGAUAGCCUAAAUUUCAUGUGGCAAGUACUUUCCUGGCAGUAGACAUCUCCCUUGUACCAAGACAGAACUCUCCAAUGCACCAGAUUCUUAAUAGUACACAGGUACCAACAGCCUGGCAGUUUCCUGUCAUCUGCCUGUUAUCUGGUAGAGUGUGAGGAGAAAUGUUUCUGUUUGUUGCCAACCUCCUGUUUACUAGAAGGGUCACCACGCCAUUUUCCAUAAAUUGUAAAACAAAAUCCAUGAGAGCACUAAUUUAGAAGGGAAGAAUGGUUUCUGGGCCUUUGCUUUGCUUGAUUUUGUUUUAUAGACAAGGGAAUAGGGUUGACUUAGGAUAUGGAGUUGGGAGAGGUAGUUGGGAUAAGAUCUCUGAAAGGUUUCUUAGGGAUAUCCGUUUGUGGCAGUCAGGAUGUGGAUAUGCAUUUCUUGAAAUACUCAUACAUAUUUCAGCCUGGACACCCUGCAAAAACAUGAGAGGCAAUGUCACACUGGGUGUGGGAAAAGCAGACCUUUUCUCACUGGCAGCCAUGAUGGGCCCUGAGGCUAUCCGCAGCUAGUAACAAGACGAUCUUGCAAUAACACUCUCUUGAAGGGAAAGGAUGUUUUCAUUGUACUAUAUACCGGUAUCCAGGAAUGACCAACGAAAGAGGCACUGUUGGCUGCUUAAGAGUUACAAAGUACUGGAUUUGGGAAAACUGGGUUUUCAUAGAACAGAAUGGGAUGAAAUAAACCCAGUCAGUAUUACUGCCUCCUGAAAUAACAGAGCCCUAUUGAUAUAGUCCCUGGGCAACAGGAAGGUCAAGGGAGAAAAUGUAAGCGACUCAGGGGCAAGCUGUGACUCCUUUAGAGCAAAAAAGGGGCAGUCCCCCAGUACCAAAUACUGCUUUUGCCUGGGGCCUUUGCAACAAUCAGUGUUCCUGCCCCAGCUUUGGUACCUUAAUCAUUUUUAUAAGGACCUAGUUGUUGUUUUACCAACUUACUACUUGAAAUUAUAAUAGAGCCUGUCUGUGCUGUUUGGGGGCUGUGAUAUAUUUUCCUACUUGUUCAAUUUUAAAAAAUAAAGUUUAAUUUUUCCUCCAG